AUGGAGAGGAUGCUGGCCAGGCUGAUGCGGCGGCGGAGCUCCUCACCGCUGCCCGGCCUCCUCCACCAGGGAGGAGGAGGAGCGGCGGCGGCGGCGGCGGCCGCGCCCGCCUCGCUGCAGGACUCCUCGCUCUUCUCCCACCACCACCACCAGCACACGGCCGCCGCCGCCCUGCCGGGUCUCAAGAUCAGGGACUCCGCGUCCCAGCUGACUGGGAGGACCCCGAUGGUGUACCUGAACAAGGUGACGGAGGGAUGCGGCGCCCGGAUCGCUGCCAAGCUCGAGUUCCUGCAGCCCUCCUUCAGCGUCAAAGACAGACCAGCAAUUUCAAUGUUGGAAGAUGCUGAAAAGAGGGGAUUGAUCACUCCAGGAAAGACCACACUGAUCGAGCCCACAUCUGGGAACAUGGGCAUUGGCUUGGCGUUCAUGGCUGCGCUAAAAGGGUACGAACUCAUUCUUACGAUGCCGUCAUACACCAGUCUUGAGAGGAGGGUGACCAUGAGGGCCUUCGGUGCAAAUCUGGUCCUUACCGACCCAACGAAAGGGAUGGGUGGGACAGUGAGAAAAGCAGCAGAGCUUUAUGAGAAACAUCCUAGUGCAUACAUGCUUCAACAGUUUCAGAAUCCUGCUAAUGUCAAGGUACAUUAUGAGACAACGGGUCCAGAAAUAUGGGAGGACACACUUGGACAGGUUGAUAUUUUCGUCAUGGGGAUCGGGAGUGGCGGUACUGUCACGGGCGUCGGCAAGUACCUCAAGGAGAAGAACCCUAAUGCAAAGAUCUAUGGAGUUGAACCUGCUGAAGCAAAUGUUCUGAAUGGUGGAAAGCCAGGGCCUCACCUCAUCACUGGAAAUGGAGUAGGGUUUAAGCCAGAUAUUUUGGAUAUGGAUAUAAUGGAAAAGGUUCUUGAGGUGAAAAGUGAGGAUGCUGUUAAGAUGGCUCGAGAAUUGGCAGUCAAGGAGGGUCUUUUGGUUGGGAUAUCAUCAGGAGCGAACACUGUUGCUGCUCUUGAGCUAGCAAUGAAGCCGGAAAACAAAGGAAAACUCAUUGUGACUGUUCUUCCAAGCCUUGGGGAGCGAUACUUGUCGUCGGCGCUGUUUGAUGAGUUGAGAAAGGAGGCUGAAGCCAUGGAACCAGUGCCAGUGGAUUAA